AUGAAGAAACUCGUGGAUCCUGUAGACGAAACCAAGCCACACUGCUACCUCCCACACCAUCCGGUGUUCAAGACAUCCAGCUUCACCACGAAAGUUCGUGUCGUGUUCGACGCGUCGUGCAAGACGUCGUCUGGAUUCUCCGUGAACGACUUACAGCUAGUUGGACCAGUCGUUCAAGAGGAUCUACUGUCGAUCCACAUCCGAUUCCGCAUCCACCGAAUUGCGUUCGUCGCCGACGUGGAAAAAAUGUACCGGCAGAUCCUGCUGCAUCAGCCAUUCCGUCGAUACCAGCUCAUCCUUUGGCGUUCCAGCCCAGAUCAACCGAUUGCUACGUACGAACUGCAGACAGUAACGUACGGUUUCGCGUCGUCUCCGUUCUUAGCGACUCGCACCCUCCAGCAGAUCGCGCAGGACGCAAGUAAGACCUAUCCAGCCGCAGCCGCGGUAGCCCAAAAGGAUUUUUACGUGGAUGAUUUCCUGUCUGGUGCCGACACUGUUGAAUCCGCCAUCCACAUCCGCCAAGAAAUAUCUGCCAUGUUUGCAGCGGCAGGCUUUCCGCUCAAGAAGUGGGCAUCAAAUUCAUCUGGUGUUCUAGCAGACAUUCCCGAAGAAGAUCUAGCGUUCACGCCGUACCAUGACCUUCACAACGAUCAAUCCGUUUCCACUCUCGGGCUCAUAUGGGAGCCGAAACCAGACAUGAUGAGCUUUAAGGUUCAGCUUCCACUUCCAGCACCCGUUCUGACUAAGCGGAAGGUUAUGUCGUACGUGGCGCAAAUUUUCGACCCACUUGGCUUAGUGGGACCAACCAUAGUCAUCGCUAAACUUUUUAUGCAGCAUCUAUGGGCGCUGAAAACCGAAGCCGGAGAUUCCUAUGAGUGGGAUCGUCCUCUUCCUCCUCGUUUGCGUCUGUAG